UUUUUGCCUGUCUCCAUACAGUGGGAAUUCCAGGUGGGUCCAUGUGAAGGAAUUGUAGCAGGAGAUCACUUGUGGAUGGCACGCUUCCUAUUGCACAGAGUGUGUGAGGACUUUGGUGUAAUCGCCUCUCUGGACCCCAAACCCAUCCCAGGGAACUGGAAUGGAGCUGGCUGCCACACUAACUUCAGCACUGUGGCCACUAGAGCAGAAGGAGGGCUGGAACAUAUCGAGAAGAUUAUAGAAAAAUUACGCGCACGUCAUGUCCAGUACAUCCGAGUCUCAGAUCCUCAUGGUGGGCAGGACAACCAGAGGAGACUUACUGGCUUAAACAGAACCUCCAACAUCCAGGAGUUUUCAGCUGCUGUGGAUAGUCAUGAUGUCAGCAUCCGCAUUCCACUGCAAGUUAGCCAGGACAAGCGUGGAUACCUGGAGGAUCGCCGGCCUGCCGCCAACUGUGACCCAUAUGCUGUGACCGGUGCUAUUGCUCAGACCUGCCUAAUGGAGGAUGAGGAGGAAGAUCUCCUGAGUGACCUGGAUAUUAAUGAUUUGGAGUAAAUCACACCAAAUAACACUAAAUCACAUGGUUCUAUGUAACUAAAUAUAUAAUAGGUUUAUCGAUAUAUGUGUGGAUAUAUUGAAUAUACAGUAUAUACUGCAUAUGUUACAAAAGAGAUGCAUGCUAUUUAAAGCAUACUUAAGAGUUUAAUAAAUUAAACUGUUUAAAUUUAACUUGUCAAAGUUUGGCUAAUAUCGGAUGCAUAUACAUUUUAAAUACCAUUUUCUUGCCAUGAGACACUGACUGACAUGACAAUUUGGAGUAUGAAAUCCCUGUUAAUAAUCUAUGAAAAUCCGUGUUGCUUAGGGUUGCUUACAUGACAUGUUUUCUAAUCCUAUCUCAGUCUUUCCUCGGUAAAAUCCUCACUCUUCCAAGUGAGAUAAAAUAUCUACUCUCAGUUUGUUCACAUCAGAAAAAAAUACAAACCAAAUAUUCCAAAAAGCAAUGUUCAGCUCUCUGUGUCUGGCUCUAUCGUUCAAAUAAAUAGUCAAGAUAUUAUUGUCAACAUUUAAAUAAUGAGAUUUCAAUAGUUCAGUGGAAUAAUUUUACAUCUGAAGAGUUCCCUGAAUCUACACAACAAAGUCAUACAGCUAUAUCAAAUCAGAUAUUUCUUGCGGUGUCUUGCACAAAAUUUUGAUAAAACAAUAUCUAUAAUGAAUAUGUGUGUAAUAAAAAUGGACAAUGUUCAAUGUUCAACUAUUUUAAUAGCAAAUCUUUUGUUCUAAUCCAUGCAAAUUCAGCUCUGUUUAAAGCAACUUUGCAGUCUCACACAAACUCCAAAAAUUACAAUAUGCAGGAUAACAGGGUCCAUUAUUUAUAUGAUGAAUUAGGUCGAUGAAUUAGCUUAGGAUAUGCUGUAAUUUUAGUUUUAGUGUCGUGUGACAAUGUACGGUACAUGUACUGUAACAAACUUCAUUUUUUAUGUUGAAAAUGUUCUUCCUUUUAAGCUUUACUGAUUAACCCCAUAAAUCAUUUCUUAUAGUGUUCUGUUCUUUCUUUCUUUGUGUUAUGUAAAUGAAGAUGUCUCAACUUUUUUUUUUUUUUAAAUUAGCUAACAUAAUAAACAAAACACGGCACGUUUUUGGUCAAAGUAAGGACUGAAUCUUACAAACAUUUACAAGAAAAAACCUUUGGAUUGACUUUGAAUAAGCUGUCCAGGUUGCUUAAUAAAGUAGG